UAAAUGAGCGCGGCCCCGUGGUGGAGCUCAGGAUUUGGAUUGAGGCGCUGCGCGACGCGAGGGGAGCGGAGUGAAUGCAGUCACCGUGUUUCGGAGGGGAAAGAAAGGAGGCCGCCACGUUUCUGUUCGCAUCACCGCCGUUGUGUGUGUGUUUUUUUUUUUCUUUUCUUUUUUGGCUGCAGACUGACUGAGGAUACUGACAGCAGCCGCCGCGGAGCUGGAAUCACAUCUCAGCCAUCUUUGACUGUCCCCCCCUCCCCUCUCCCUCCUGCUCCUGCUCCUCCUCGGCUCAAAGUAAACACGGCUCGCACACCGCGUCGCAACUCCGCGCAGGAUCCGGAGGCUGGCGAGAUGGGCUCGGCGCUCGACAUCUGACCCGAUCUGUACGCACCGGAGCCGCAGAGGGGAGGGGACGCGACUUCGACAUGGACCUGUUCGGGAUCUACCUGCUCCUCUGCCUCGCUCUCCUUCCCCGACCCAGCUGCACCGCGGCCAAGGAGAUCACCUGCCAGGAAAUAGUCGUGCCCCUGUGCAAGGGGAUCGGCUACAACUACACCUACAUGCCCAAUCAGUUCAACCACGACACGCAGGACGAGGCUGGUCUGGAGGUGCACCAGUUCUGGCCUCUGGUGGAGAUCCAGUGUUCCCCGGACCUGAAGUUCUUCCUCUGCAGCAUGUACACGCCGAUUUGCUUGGAGGACUACAAGAAGCCGCUGCCGCCGUGCCGGAGCGUGUGCGAGAGAGCCCGGGCUGGCUGCGCGCCGCUCAUGAGGCAGUACGGCUUCCCCUGGCCGGACAGGAUGAAGUGCGACCUGCUGCCGGUGCAGGGGAACCCGGACACCCUGUGCAUGGACUACAACAGGACGGACUCCACCACGGUGUCCCCCGUGCUGCCCAAACCCACCAACCACCCGGGCAAAGGUUCCAGCGCGGCUAAGAUCAAGCCCGACCGAGCCGGGAAGCACAAACCUCCCGGCGCUCCGUGCGAGCCGGGCUGCAAGUGCCUGGAGCCCAUGGUGCCGGUGAACACGGACCGGCACCCGCUUUACAACCGGGUCAAAACCGGCCAGAUCACCAACUGCGCCAUGCCGUGCCACAACCCCUACUUUACGCACGACGAGCGAGCCUUCACCGCCUUCUGGAUCGGGCUCUGGUCCGUGCUGUGCUUCGUGUCCACGUUCGCCACCGUGGCCACCUUCCUCAUCGACAUGGAGCGCUUCAAGUACCCGGAGAGGCCCAUCAUCUUCCUCUCCGCCUGCUACAUGUUCGUGUCGGCCGGCUACAUCGUCCGGCUGAUCGCCGGCCACGAGAAGGUGGCGUGCAACCGGGAGCUGGAGCUGGAGCACAUCCACUACCAGACCACCGGCCCGGCGCUCUGCACCGUGGUCUUCCUCCUCAUCUACUUCUUCGGCAUGGCCAGCUCCAUCUGGUGGGUCAUCCUGUCCCUCACCUGGUUCCUCGCCGCCGGGAUGAAGUGGGGCAACGAGGCGAUCGCCAGCUACUCGCAGUACUUCCACCUGGCCGCCUGGCUCAUCCCCAGCAUGAAGUCCAUCGCGGUGCUGGCGCUCAGCUCCGUGGACGGGGACUCGGUGGCCGGCAUCUGCUACGUGGGCAACCAGAACCUGGACAACCUGCGCGGCUUCGUCCUGGCCCCACUGGUGAUCUACCUGUUCAUCGGGACCAUGUUCCUCCUGGCCGGGUUCGUGUCCCUGUUCCGGAUCCGCAGCGUCAUCAAGCAAGGCGGCACCAAGACGGACAAGCUGGAGAAGCUGAUGAUCCGCAUCGGCAUCUUCACGGUGCUCUACACGGUGCCGGCCACCAUCAUAGUGGCCUGUUACUUCUACGAGCAGCACAACCGGCAGAGCUGGGAGAUCACGCACAACUGCUCCGGCUGCCUGCUGGAGCGGGACCGCCGGAGUCCGGACUACGCGGUCUUCAUGCUCAAGUACUUCAUGUGCCUUCUGGUGGGCAUCACGUCCGGCGUGUGGAUCUGGUCCGGGAAGACCGUGGACUCCUGGAGGACUUUCUGCACCCGCUGCUGCUGGGGCAGCAAGGGCACCGGCGGCUCCAUGUACAGCGACGUGAGCACGGGGCUGACGUGGAGGUCGGGCACGGCCAGCUCCGUGUCCUGCCCCAAGCAGAUGCCGCUGUCCCAGGUCUGAAUGCGGAGGGCUGCGUGCGUGCGUGCGUGCGUGUGUGUGCGUGUAUGUGUGUGUGCGUGGGGGGGGGUGAAAGCAGCUUAUGGAGGGCUGCUAAUUGUUUGGGAGAUAACCCAUCACAUGGCGUCUGGAACAAUUAGCAUUGUAAUGAACGGCUGCUGAGCUGUACCUGGCAUUAAUUCCCUCUGCUUUACAUGCAUCAGCCAGGGCCGGCCCAAGGUUACCUGAGGCCCAGAGCAGAUUUUCAUUUGUGGCGAUUAUCGCAUUUAUUAUGCACUUGUGUGAGAUGGAGAGACUGAAGUUGUAGUUUUUUUUUUUUUGUUUUUUUUUUAUCACACACCACAAAUAAUAAGAAAAAAAAAAAAAGCUGUUUUCCGUCGCUCUGUUGACGAAAGGUCCUACGAAGUUGCAGAAAUGAGUACAUUUGCUUUUAAAAUGUGACUGUGUAGCUCGAUUUUUUUUUCUUACUAUUAUUUUUUUAAACCUGUGUGCAUUCAAGCGUUCCUGGUGCUCCCCUAGUUUGCUUCUCUACCUUGGGUCGGCUCUGGUGCAGGAGGUACAGGCUGAGCGAACUGGGCAUUACGUGCUAAGCGUGAGGAUUUCUUUACAACCAUUUUAUCUACUUUCUGGCAGAUACAAACAAAACAAAAACAAAUGGUUCAAUCAAAGAAGAGGAGGAGGGGAUGGGGAGGGGGGGGGGUUAAAUUAAAGCCUUAAUCGUGCCCAAGUAUCCUUUUUUUUUUACGGGUCCUUCAUUUUGUAAUUUCAGAUGUAUUUAUAUAAAGCUAAUGUAAAAUAAAACUUGUAUAUUUGUGUAUAAAGGAAACCUUUAUAAGAUAUUGUAAAUGUGUACAAAGUGUAGAGAUGCCUCUUUUUUUUCUGACAAAGCAAAUAUGACCUUUAUUUUGACAAUAAAACAUUAGAUAAAUCAAA